AUGAAAUUCUACACAAUAUCUCUACUGUUGAGUAUUUUUGGUGCAAUUGCUGUCGUAUCCUGCGUCAGAUUCGAUGAUUCCAAUAAUUAUGGGUCCUUCAUUAAGAGUGUUUGCAAAAAAUAUUCUUGUGGAGGAGUAAUCAUAGGAUUCACAACAGAGCAUCAAUCCUUCCAACGUACAUCGAUCUGGUACGCGACAUCGAGGAUUUUAUUUGAUAAUGGAGUGGCAGUUCUUUUCCUGAAUUACGAGGAAGUGAAAAAAAAAUUAAAUGCCCACGUUGCGAGAAUGAAUCGUCUUCUCGUUAUCCUCGUUAUUGAUAACACGGAUGCAAUUUAUGACUUGGAAUCAAUGAUUAGAAAUUUGAAUAUGGGUAAAGCUACUUGGAUGAUGUUAUUCAGGAGAGAUACUGGAGCAACGUCAAACUGGACUGGUCUAAUUGGAAGAGUUUAUCGAAAUGAAGCUGAUAUUGGAGUUGCUGAUGUCCUCAUGCUUCCCGAGCGGCAUAAAGCGGUUUAUUUUAGUGUUCCCAUGAUUACUGGUGCUUAUCAUGUUUAUUUUAAAAAACUUGAACAGAGCAACGUGUCCUGGAACGCCUAUUUCAAGGUGUUCACGGUAGGUGUCUGGUUGACUAUCAUCGGUUUAAUCCUGACAAUGCCUAUUUUAUUAACCGUUAUGCAAAUCAAUAUCAAAAAACAUGAUCUGUUCUCUCGUUUCUGCGAAGAAUACUUAUGCAUUUGGGGAAUUUUUUGUCAACAAGGCUGGAUAGAUUUUGCCAAUGAAACACCUGUGCAGAUACUUCAGUUAUCAAUAUCACUGACAGCCUUAUUAAUUUAUAUUGUAUAUGCUACCCUGAUGACGAGCGUAAUUGCCGUAUCCUCGUCAUUUAGACCAUUCACUACUUUGGAGGGUUUCGUCGCUGAUGGCACCUAUAAAUUCAUCGUCCUGAACGAGAGUAUAUUCUAUAACAGAUACAAGCGUUCCAAUGAGACACUCUUCAAAGGGAUGAUGUCUCUCAUGAAACCAAGACAUUUGCUUCCUACCACCUAUCCAGAAGGUUUCAAACAGGUGUGCAACGAGAGAGUGGGAUUUUACGCGAAUGAAAUUGCAAUGAAAUUCUACAGACAUUCAUUGUCUUGUAAUACAAUAUCGAUAACUGCUGGACCACAGGAAACCAUGGCACUGAUAUUGCCAAAAGGCAGUGAUUUAAUCAAUAUUGUUAAUUACUAUAUUCAGCGGUUCAAGUACAAUGGAAUGCUCAGAAGAUUGGAGAAGAAGUACACGGGCUCAUCAGAACCAGAAAUAUCUCACCAUUCACCAGUGCAUCUCCAAGAAAUAACACCAGUCGUUUUUGUCUUAUUCGUUGGAAUUAUCGUUACGUCCAUCAUUUUUGCUUUCGAAAUUCUCUAUUUUUGUAGGAAAAUAAGACAGAGAAGAUCGAUAAAUGAAAGGAUUAGGAUUAGCAUUAGGAUUAAAUUGUGAAUGAAUUUUUUUCAGG